AUGGCAUAAUAAGUAUAAAGUUCAUAAGAUAAUAAUACUUAAGUAAGACCAGUUAGUUAAUCUGGUAAUAAGGCAUCUCUUCCAAUACACGAAGAUCACCUUUACGAUAAACCUAAUAUGGCAAGUAAUUCCCACAAAAACGAAAAGCAUCAUCAUCAUCUAAAAUAAGAAUGGCGAAUUUAUUGUAUGACUCUAAAUGCGUGUUUAGGUUCUUUUUAUUUCGGGUAUAAUUUAGGUGUUUAUAAUAGUGCCUAGAGGGUUAUUUAAGAACUCAAUGAAUGGACAGAAGAUUAAUAUAAAUAAUAUACAUCUAUAAUUACGGCUUUUAUGCCUUUAGGCGCUUUAAUAGGAUGUCUUAUAAGUAAACAAAUUAUAACAUAUUUAAAUGGGAUUAGAAAAUCUAUGAUUGUUUUUGAUAUACUAGGUAUUAUUGGCACUAUUAUUCUUAUUUCUGAUACUACUGUUCCUAAUCUAUUAAUUGGUAGGAUUAUUUGUGGAUUUGUGGUUGGUAUCAAUACUGCAAUUGUUCCUGUUUAUAUCAAAGAUUUUUCGCCUAUAGAAAUAAGUGGAAAAGCGGGAGGAAUAAACUAGGUGGCUCUAACUUUUGGUACUUUUUGUAGUUAUUUAGCAGCUUUAUUAGUCCCUUUACCUGAAAUACUAAAAGAAAUAAAUUAUACAAACUAAGUAUAUUGGAGAAUAUUACUUGGAAUACCAAUUAUUACAUGUUUAAUUCGUUUAACGAUUUUAAGUUUUAUUUAUAAACUUGAGACUCCUACAUUUAUGAUGAAACAACACAGAUAUGAAGAAGUUAAAGGAUAUCUUUAAUAGAUUUACGAAAAUGAUGAAUGGAAGGAAGUAUUUUAAGAAUUAGAGGAAAAAGUAAAUACUUAAUAAAAUGAAAAGAAAGAAGUAAAAAGUAAAUAAAAUUUAUGUGGUUCAAGCCAAAAUCAUAAUAGUAAUACUAAUAAUAAUAAUAAUAAUAAUGAAAUAAACUCAGCAAUGAAAUCAGUGUAAGGCGUUUUAGGAUCUUUAUAGACAAAUUAGGAUGUUUAAUUAUAACUAGCAUCGAAUCAAAAUGAUUUUAAACUAAAAAGUGAAGAAGAGUUUUUCCGUGAAAAAUUGUAUUAACUUGGAAAUAAAUAUUCUUAUAAAAGAAGAUUUUUUAUCGGAUGUCUUAUUUAAUUUUGUACGUAAUUAAGUGGUGUUAAUGCCAUUCUUUUCUAUUCGAACGAAAUAUUUAAAGAAGUCACACAAAGUGAAAUGACAGCAAGAAUUUGUACUAUUUUCUUAGGUUUAAAUAAUACUUUAAUUACUACAAUAGGAAUUAAAAUUAUUUAAAAAAUCGGAAGAAGAACUUUUAUGCUUUCAGGAAUAUUUGUAGUAUAGUUAACAAUGUAUAUAUUAAGUAUUUUAUAAGUUUCCGAAAAAUCUGUUGCAGUACAAAUUUUGGGAAUUGUACUUAUUUUCAUUUAUUUAUAAGGAUGGUAAUUAAGUCUAGGAGCUGUUACAUGGGUUUAUAAUGCUGAAAUUUUAGAUGUGACCGGUAUAUCUAUAUCUACUUUUAUUAGAUGGGCUUUAGCUAUGUUUAUUGGAUUUGUAUUCCCUUUUAUGAAAGCCGAUAUUAAAUUAUUUGGAAGUUUUAUUGUUUUUGGUGGUGUUUCGAGCAUUUGCUUUGUUAUUUUAUAUUUUUUAAUGAAAGAAACUAAAGAUAAAAACAGAUAUUAAAUCUUAUAGAAUUUUUGUGAUACUAAAACUUGGAAAUUAUAUGAAAAAGAAGCUAUGAGUUAUGCGAAGGAAUAAAUAAAAAUUUAAAAUGGCUAAUAUACUGUAGCAUGA